AUGGAUUAUUCUAACAGGUCAAAUUUGAAACCACUAAUUGGAUAUGAUCAAACUAAUCUUGUUUUACUUGAUCGUCCUCAACCACCAGAGGAUAAAGCAUGGUGCACAUUUGAUAAGAAUCCAGUACUCACGAUCAAUUUGGCAAAGCAUAUCAAGCCUAUUUCUGUAUCAUAUCAACAUUCUGAAUGGCAUGGGACAAUUCCGAGUGAGGCUCCAAUAAGAUAUGAUGUAGUGAGCAUCCAAGUGACAACUACUGCCUACCCUGCCCAAGUUGAAUUCGAGUCUGUACUGAAUACAAAUUCUCAAUUUUAG